AUGAAUUUCGAAUAUCCCCCCGAGCUUAAAAACUAUCUGUCGCGCGUCGAUGCAUUCAUCAAGGACAAGAUCCUGCCGCUCCAGCACAAGGACGACAAUAACCGCUUCUUCGACCACCGCCGCGAAUCUUCGCGAACGCAAUGGGACAACCUAGGCCUCCCUCGUCAUGACUGGGAGGAACUCCUCCAGCAAGCACGCAAACUUUCCGACGAAGCUGGAUUCUACCGAUUCGGCUUCCCCAAGGAAUUCGGCGGGUCUGCCAGCGAGGACCUGAACCUGUACAUGUGUGCCAUCCGGUAUCACCUGGCCUCCCAUCCGGUCUAUGGAGGCGGCGUGAGCUUGGCCAACGACUUGCAGAAUGAGCACAGUGUCGUCGGCAACAAUCCGUUCAUCAUCAUGAUGCACCACUAUGGCACCAAGGAGCAGCAGGACAAGUACAUCCCCGCCAGCAUCAAGGGCGAGUUCAAGACCACAUUUGGCUUGACCGAGAUCUACCACGGCUCUGACGCUACCCACAUGGACACCAGGGCCACACCCAUCACGUUGCCCAAUGGCGAGCCCGGGUACGAGAUCAACGGCAACAAGAAAUGGCAGACGGGCAUGCACGCCGCCACGCACUGCAUGGUCUUUGCCCGGACCUCUGGCCGCAACGGAGACCCCAAGGGUAUCACGGCCUUCAUCGUGCCCCGAGAGACACCGGGGCUGAAGGUUGCAUCGUAUGAAUGGACGCUGAACAUGCCGACGGACCACGCAACCGUGCUCUUUGACAAAGUCCAAGUGCCCGCGUCAGCGAUUUUCGGCCCGCUGGACAACGGCCUGGCCAUCGCCCAGACAUUCACGCACGAGAACCGUAUUCGACAGGCGGCUUCCAGCUGCGGUGCGGCGAAGUACUGCGUAGACCGCAGCGUCGAGUACGCAAACAAGCGCAAGGUGUUUGGAAAGCCUCUGUCGGCGAACCAGGCCAUCCAGUGGCCGCUUGUGGAGCUCGCGACUCAGGCCGAGAUGCUCCGGCUCCUGAUCCUCCGCACCGCGGUGGAGAUGGACCAGGUCACGGCGGUGGCCAAGGCUAAUGGCAAGGCGCCGUGGGUCGCCAUUGAGAAGCAGUUGGGCCACAAGAUUGGCAUGUGCAACUACUACGCCAACCGUCUGUGCUGUGAGGCCGCGGACCGAGCCAUCCAGGUCCACGGCGGCGUGGGAUACUCGCGACACUACCCCUUUGAGCACAUCUGGCGACACUUCCGGCGGUAUCGCAUCACCGAGGGCAGCGAGGAAGUCCAGAUGCGCAAGGUCGCCGCGUAUCUGUUCGGGUACAAGACGACGGGAGAGGAGGCCACAAAACCCGGGGCAAAAUUGUAA